AUGGAUAUAGCGAAAGGAAUUGCCGAAAAAGUCACGCAGAUGGUGAUGAACUACAGUGAGAUAGAGAUGAAAGUGAGGGAGGCCACCAACGACGAACCCUGGGGCCCAACGGGAGUUCUCUUGCAAGAACUGGCCAGGGAGACAAAUGGUUACGAAGGUUAUGCCGACGUCAUGUGCAUGUUGUGGCGCAGAAUGCUUCACGACAAUAAGAAGCAAUGGAGGCGCGUCUACAAGUCACUGGUGGUUCUGUCUUACUUACUAAAACACGGAUCGGAUAUGGUGGUGGAGAGCGCCCAUGAACAUUUCUACGAUAUAAAAUCAUUACUGCAUUUUAAAUGCCUCGAUGAAACCGGAAAAGAUCAUGGAGUUAACGUAAGGCAAAAGGUCAAGGACAUAGUUGACCUAUUAGAUGACGCGGAGAAACUUCGCAGUGCCAGAGAUGUAGCCAGUAAGAAUGCAAACAAGAUCAUUGGUUUUUCCAAAGAGCUUGCGGAUAAUCAUAUUGACAAAUGGCGAACAAGUGGCGACGAUUACACGUCUGAUUAUAACAACACGUCGGGUUCAUAUAGGGACUACAGAGAUAACGCCGACUACGGUGAUGAUGAUAAAUAUGAUAACGUUUAUCAUCGCGACAGCAACAACAAUAACAGCAACAAUAAUAAUAAUAACAACAAUAAUGAUAAUAAGUAUUAUGAUGAAAGUAAUAGCAGAAAGGAUGUAAGAAAUGAUGAAGCCGAUGACAUUGAUGAUGAGGAUUUUGACCCUAGGAAAGAUGAAUCCGGACGUAAUAAUAACAACAAUAAGAGAAAUAAUAUUAAUAAUAAUAAGAGUAAUAAUAAUAAUAAUAAAAGUAGUAAUAAUAAUAACACAAGUAAACUAAAAAACAAAAAUAUUAAUAACGAUAUUAAGAUAAAGCUGGAGAUUAAAGUACCGAAUGCUCCGACUGGCACAGAAGCUGAUACAGGAUUCGGUGAGUUUAGCGAGUUUACACCGGAUGCCAACAACAACAUUACCAACAACAGCCUUUUAACAUUUGACAUCAACAACAGCAAUGAUAGGUCUCCCCCUACAAACAACAACAGCAAUGAAAUUUGUGACAUCUUGGGCAUCAACGAUUUAGACCCGCUAAAUCACGGCGGCAGUAGCAACAACAACAUCAUUGUCAACAACAACAUAAUUAAUACCACAACACCUCCAUGCAUCAACAACAACAACAACAACAUGCUUACUAACUUAACUUACAAUUCCAAUUCAAGCAAUUUUGUCGCUUUACAACAGCAACAGGCUUUUUUGACGCAAAGACCGAUGCUACAACAAUCAUACCUACCACAACAACAAAUGUUGAUAACGCAGCAGCAACAGCAGCGACUCCAGCAGCAGCAGCAAUAUCAUCGACAACUUUCUUAUCCAUUCGCUCAUCAAUUAUCACCAACAUCCCCUACCUUCAAUCCGAUUGGUCACUAUCAACCGGCCAUAUUUUCAAGCCAACCAAUCAGGAAUCAGAUAAUCGGGUCGCCGUCAGCUAUGUCGACCAAUUAUAAUGAUAAAUCACUAAUUUGACAUACUUUUAUGUUAAACGUUUUGCAUUUUUCACAGUUUUAUUGUUUUAUGUUCACUAAUUUACGUUCACAUGAAAAAGCUUACACUCUAGCGAAUAAAAACUAACACAAAAUUUUACACUCUAGCGAAUAGAUUUUUUACGAAACUGUUUUUUUCUCAAGUGUGAUUCAAUCCUUUUCUGAUUGAUUUGGCUUUAAUUAUUAUUAUUAUUAUUAUUGAUUUAUUUUUAUUAUAAAUAAUAUUCAUCAUAAAAUAAUAAUUAGCAAGUUCAAUUUAUGUCUAUUUUAUAUUUUUGUAUCAAUUUCUGAAAAAAACUUUUAUUAUUAUUUUAUUAUUAUUUUAUUAUUAUUAUUCUAUUAUUUUACGCAUAUAAUACAAAUUAUUAUUAUCCAUGGACUAUUGUGAUACAAAAAUGAAGUAUUUUUUCUACGCUAUUUUCCCUACCGAUUAUUAUUUAAUUCAUUGGCAAUGUAUAAAUCAAUCACACGUACACAUAUAGACACUGAUACCACACACACAC